CGCGACGCCCGCCCUACUUACAGGCUCACACACAGCCUGGUCAGUCAGUCAAGAGCUGUUCUCGCCUUCUCGCCUCCUGCUCCUCGUCUCCGGCUCUCCUCUAUACCGGUUACACGCGGCAGCCUCUGUGUUUUCAUCCCAGUGUUAAGAAAGACUCCAUCCACGUGCAUCAUUAGCUAUCGCAAGGAAUAAGAUGUGCUCUGCUUGCCGCGAGAGACUGUUUGUUUACUUACCCAAUUGUGCGUUCGUGUGAAGUCGACUGCUUGCACUAAGCGGCAGUUUCGACGCGUUAUUUGAAUUACUGUGAUUGAGUACUCGGUGAUAAUGUGAUGAACGGAAAUUUUAUAUUGUUUUUUCUACAGUUUUUCUGGCCUGAUACACUUGUUUUCAUGAGGUGUUGUGACCAUUGUUGCUAGCAUUGAGGCGGGUUAACAGCAGGAUUAAGUAAACUAUUGAUAACGUAUCAAGACAAGCGUCCUGCCAGCUGGCCCGUCAUAAUGCUGCCAGUGAGGAUGAAUCUAGCGGUAGUUUUUUUCUUCACCUUCUUCGUCUUCUCCAUCCAAGACCCGCAGCUUCGCAGUUUGCUGUCCAGUGAUGCACUCAGUCCAAGCAAGAGUGCUUUCAUUAUCUUUUCCAAAAGCAACUCCACUAGUAAGGCGAACAAAGGAACAUCUACAGCAGAUGCAGCAGAUGACGAAACAACACAAAAAUCUAGUGAGGAAGAAUCUCAGGUAGCUGAUCAUACCAAAACAGGAACAAAUCCUAUUACAAGUGAAUCGAAGUCAAUGAUGCGGUCGGAUGGGGAGAUAAGUCUUACUACGGUGUUACUGAAGGAUAUCCGUGAUGCUCUCUAUGAGAAAACGGAAAAUCUGGAGCAGGAGUUCAAGGAAAACGUCAAACAUCGGCUGAACUCUCUCAGCCUGGAGGUACAGGAAUCGGUCAGUGCCGUGACCGCUGAUCUGGAAAGGGUUAGGGAGAGCAUGGAGCAGAAAGUUGAGCUAAUGCUGGAAACAUUCUCUACAUUGAGACUGUUGGUGGUUGGGCAGGGACAACACUUGGAUGAGUUGCAGGAGAGGCUGCAGGGAAUGGAGGAGGAAGUAGAACAAUUAAAACAAACGAAGGCGGCGAUGCAGCAGCGGUCUUCUUCAAACUACAAAACACAAGACGAGAUCAAUAACCCCGGAAGCCUGGUACGAGGAAAAAGAAACCCUGAAACAGAAAACGGAGACAUGGAUCUGAACAAAGCAGUACGAAACACAACAAAGAAACUGGAGGACUUGAAGCAAAAAGUACAAAACGUUACUGAAGAAGUGUUCGCGGUAAAGGACGAGCUACAAAAUCUCCAGACCAACGUAACCAGUCUUUCCUUAGCUUCCUCGACACCCAUACCUUUAAAAACAUCCAUGACUGUCACCCCGAGCUCAAUGUCAUGUCAGUGUUCAACGGAGGUGCUUCAGAACGCCAUUGAGAAGCUUGAAGCAGCGCAGAAAAAGCAAAAGAACGACUUCGUAGAGAUGAAAAGACGGAUUUCAGUGGUGGAGAGCUUCCGGAGUGGCGUGGGGAGUUAUAGUCAGAGGCUAGGGGUGGCUGAGGGCCCUCGGGAGGAUUUGGAGGAGGUUAAGACGACCGUGGCAGCAGUGCAGGAUGACCUCAAUAAACUCAAGGAGGGGAUGGAAGGUGCUGUGACCUCCAACGGCACUUUCUUUGCCAAGGCCUCAGGGGAAGGCAUGUGUGUGUGGCCGUACACUCGUGGUGGCGGCAGCUGCUAUUUCGUCAACCGGGAGGACCGUCUGGGGUGGGAGGCGGCCCGGGAACACUGCAGGGGACUCCAAGGUGAUCUCGCAUCGCCCGCCAACAUCCAGACCUUCAGGAGCUUUGUCCAUAUGCAACGACUGAGUCGAGCCUACACCUACUGGAUGGGCGCGUCUAACACCAAUCCAGAGAGGGCGUGGAAGUGGACUGACGGCCGUGGUGUUGGCGAGGACAUCAUAGAGACAGGGAUGGUGCAGACAAGCCGCGCCCCGAAGUGUCUGGCCAUCAAGCCUUCCUUCAGGUUCGGAGGCCUAGCGGAGUCCUGUCACGAAAGCAAGUUCUUCAUCUGUCAGCAGGAGCGUUUGUUGUAGUCUCCCAUAGAAGGCGACGAAGGGGAAGUGACUGAAGGAAACAGUGAAGGAGAUAGAGUGAGGAGUAGUGUUGUGCCAUAGUCUCUCUCUCUCUCUCUCUCUCUCUCUCUCUCUCUCUCUCUCUCUCUCUCUCUCUCUCUCUCUCUCUCUCUCGAUUAGGGAUUCUCAACCUCUUCCUGUAAAGAACCCCUUAGUUAUAAGACCAUCUACCCGAAUCCCCAUCAAUCUGACAUCGAACAGAAUAUGUUGAUUUACUGACUGACACUAACUCAAUAUGUAAUGGUAUGCUGCAAUUAGAUCAACCAUUUAAAUACCCUGGAAAUCUUGUGAACUCCUGGGGGCUUGCGAACCCCAGGUUGAGAACCCCUGCUCUAGAUUUUCAUCAUGUCUUUUCUGCACGAGCUUCUAUUGCGUCUGUGUUAGAAGAGAACGUGCGCGACCUUAUCAUAGCAUCUGGUCUUUUUGGAACGAGCUGCUUGAGAAACAGGAAAAGGCAUGGCGUGUGUUUAUGGUGCGUUUCCCUUCAUAUUUUCUUCGUAAAGAGAGCUGCGGAUGUUGUUUUGUAUUUAUAUUCUUGUCGCUAAGUUAUGUCGAUAUUUCGUUAUUUAUUUACAUCAGUGACUUUCUCUAUUGAGGAAAGCUACUGAAGUCGAUGUUAUGUUGUUACUGUAUAGUGAAAUACAUGAGUAAGGUUUGUUUUUCGUAUUCGUGUAUUUAUAGUUUUGUAAUAAAAUUGAAGUCAUUGUUACAAAUUGAUAGCUAAAAUGAAUGAAGUCAUUGGUUUGUACACUAAUUUCUUUCCUUCGCCAGUACAAAUAUGCAAUAUUAUAUUUUCAUAUAUUUACUUUUUGUAUAAUUAUAUUAACAUUUCAGCUUCGCUACUUUAUAUGCUGUUAAUGUUGCUAAUGCUGUAUAAUAUCUACCUACUUGCUACAAUAUUUAUAGAUUGGUUUUGUGCAAUACAAUGCAAUGCAAUUAGAAAUGCACCACUUGUACUCGUAUUAGUCUUGUCACAUUGCUAUUGUUUCUGAGUAAAUCCAAUGAAUUCCA